CCGGACUGGAAUUUGGCCGAUAUUGGUGGCUGGACGGGAGGGAAGCAGCAAGUAUCGCGAGAGUUGUUGUAAGUUUUUGCAGAACUCAGCUCAGCUAUCACAAUUUGCGUGUUCCCUUCUCGACAAUGGCCGUCUGAGAGGCUGCAGCUGGAGGAGAAGAAGAAGACGAAGAAGACGAAGAAGACGACGAAGAAGAAGAAGAAGAAGAAGAAGAAGAAGAAGAAGAAGAAGAAGAGGAAGAAGAGGGAACCGGAGUGAACCCGCACACACUCAGUGGGUCCAGGACACCAGAGUCCAGCAGUCAGAGUGGAGACCUGCUGGAUCUCAGAGACCAGGACCAGUACCAGGAGCACCAUAAGAGCGAAAUGGAGGAGGACCAGCAGAACACGGACCAACGGAGCAACAAGGUCCCCAGAAGACCAGCAGCAGGCUCGUCCUCUGAUACCACCGAUGUUCAGGUGUCGAAGGAUUGUUCCAUCCCGCUGACACGAGUCAGGAUCAGCAGUGCGAUGUUGGCUGCGAUGGAUGCCGGUGGAUGCACAGCAGCUGUUCCAAAAGGCCAAAAGAAACGUCAAGUGGAGCAGAAAGCAGCUGCUUCCAAGAAGAGACCGGCAGAGCAACAGGUGUUGAAGGAGUGUUCCAUCCCACUGAGACGAGUCAGGAUUAGCAGUGCAAUGUUAGCUGCGAUGGAUGCCGUUGGAAGCACAGUAGCUGUUCUUAAAGGCCAAAAGAAACAUCAUGUGGAGUGGAAAGCAGCUGCUUCCAAGAGGAGACUGUCAGAGCGACAGAAACGGAGAGGAAGAAAGGGACUGAUUCAUCAGAGAGUUCACAUUGGAGAGAAACUACACAGCUGUGACCAAUGUGAGAAAACUUUUGCUUCGGGUAGCACCCUCAGAGUCCAUCAACGCAAUCACACAGGAGAGAAACCCUACAGCUGUGAUGAAUGUGGGGCAACUUUCCUGUACCAGACUCACUUAAAAAUACAUCACCGCAUUCACACUGGAGAGAAACCCUACAGCUGUGACCAGUGUGGGAAAACUUUUGCAAUGGGGGGUGCCCUCAUAGUCCACCAACGUAUUCACACUGGAGAGAAACCGUACAGCUGUGAUGAAUGUGGGUCAGCUUUCUUACAACGGGGUCGUCUGAAAAUACAUCAACGCAUUCACACUGGAGAGAAACUCUACAGCUGUGAUGAAUGUGGGGCAGCUUUCUCAACAUCAGAUGCCCUGAAAAAACAUCAACACAUUCACACUGGAGAGAAACCCUACAGCUGUGACCAGUGUGGCGCAGCUUUCACACAGUUAAGUAACUUAAAAACCCACAGGCGCAUUCACACUGGAGAGAAACCAUACAGCUGUGAUAAAUGUGAGAAAGCGUACACCCAUAAAACAAAUCUAUUAAUCCACCGUCGUGUUCACACUGGAGAGAAACCAUACUGGUGUGACCAAUGUGGGAAAACUUUUGCAGUGGGGAGUGCCCUCACAGUCCACCAACGUAUUCACACUGGAGAGAAACCGUACAGCUGUGAUGAAUGUGGGUCAGCUUUCUUACAACAGGGUCAUCUGAAAAUACAUCAACGCAUUCACACUGGAGAGAAACCCUACAGCUGUGAUGAAUGUGGGGCAGCUUUCCUACAUAAGGGUCAUCUGAAAAUACAUCAACGCAUUCACACUGGAGAGAAACCCUACAGCUGUGAUGAAUGUGGGGCAGCUUUCUCAACAUCAGAUGCCCUGAAAAAACAUCAACACAUUCACACUGGAGCGAAACCCUACAACUGUGAUGAAUGUGGGACAGCCUUCCGGCGCCAGAGUCACCUUAAAAAUCAUAAACGCAUUCACACUGGAGAGAAACCCUUCAGCUGUGAUGAUUGUGGCGCAGCUUUCGCACAGUUAAGUAGCUUGAAAUCUCACCAGUCCAUACAUAGUGUAGAGAAACUAUACAGCUGUGAUAAAUGUGAGAAAGCUUACACCUAUAAAAAAAGUCUAUCAAUCCACCGACGUGUUCACACUGGAGAGAAACCCUACAGCUGUGAUGAAUGUGGUGCAGCUUUCUUACAACAGGGUACUCUGAAAAUACAUCAACGCAUUCACACUGGGGAGAAACCGUACUCGUGUGACCAAUGUGGGAAAACUUUCACCUCAUCAGGCGACCUUAUGAAACACCAACGCAUUCACACUGGAGAGAAACCCUACAGCUGUGAUGAAUGUGGGGCAGCUUUUGCUCAGUCAGGUGACCUGAAAAAGCAUCAACGCAUUCACACUGGAGAGAAACCAUACUCAUGUGACCAAUGUGGGAAAACGUUUUCUCAGGGUAGUGCCCUUAAAGGUCAUCAACGCACUCACACCGGGGAGAAACCGUACAGGUGUGAUCAAUGUGGGGAAAGUUUUACUCAUAGUGGUCACUUAAAAUCCCACCAACGCAUUCACACUGGGGAGAAACCCUACAGCUGUGACCAGUGUGGCGCAGCUUUCACACAGUUAAGUAACUUAAAAACCCACAGGCGCAUUCACACUGGAGAGAAACCAUACAGCUGUUAUCAGUGUGGGACAACGUUUAACACUCAACGAAGUCUAGGCAGGCACCGACUUAUUCACACUGGAGAGAAACCGUACAGCUGUGAUCAGUGUGGCACAACGUUUAACGCCCAAAGAAACCUAGACAGACACCAACUUAUUCACACUGGAGAGAAACCAUACAGGUGUGACCAAUGUGGGAAAACUUUCACCACUAAGGAUCAUCUACAAGUACACCAACGCAUUCACACUGGAGAGAAACCGUACAGCUGUGAUCAAUGUGGGAAAACUUUUACUCAUGUUGGUACCCUUAAAGUCCACCAACGCAUUCACUCUGGAGAGAAACCGUACUGGUGUGACCAAUGUGGGAAAACGUUUUCUCAGGGUAGUGUCCUUAAAGGUCAUCAACGCACUCACACCGGGGAGAAACCGUACUGGUGUGAGCAAUGUGGGAAAACUUUUUCUCAUGGUAGUAACCUUAAAAAACACCAACGUCUUCACACUGCAUCGUUGUGAACAUGUUUCAGAGCCUAGCUAGCGGUUUCCUACUGCCUCCUCCCCAUGCUCUGAUAGCUGUGUUGUUAUAUUCUGAGCUUCUCUCCACAUUGAAGUCUGACCAACAGUAA